AUGACAAGAGAAAUGCACGUGUUCGUUAAAUCCCGGGUUUCGGUACCAUUUGUAACGCACCUGACGUGCUUGCAGGCGCGUUGCAGAGAAAGAUUAGAGAAUUUACUUUGGGGGAGUUGUAAGCAGCAGCGGUUACAUGUAUUCACGGAUGCAAGUUCAAAAGGGUUUGGAGCUGUGGCUUAUUUCCGUUCGGUCUAUGAAGACCAUUCGAUAGACUUGUCUUUCGUCAUGUCGAAAACCCACGUCACCCCAGUCAAAGGCCUUACAAUUCCUAGGCUGGAACUUAAAGCAGCAGCUGAAAGUCUGAACAUAGCCCUCACCGUUUGUCGAGAGCUAGGAAUGGACCAACAAGACGUUACGUUUCACACCGACCCGCAAACAGUGUUACGUUGGAUUUACUCACGAACGUUCGAAUUCGAAGUUUUCGUGAACAAUCGUGUUGGCAAAAUCCUUAGAAACACUAAUCGUCGGCAGUGGCGUCAUGUAGCUGGAGUCGAAAAUCCUACUGACCUGUGCAGUCGUGGUAUUGACCCACAGAACGUAAACGAGUUGUUCCAGUUUCAUCAAGGCCCGCAGUUCUUGCAACUCGAUCCAUCUGAAUGGAACAAUUGGGUUGACAUUGCUGAGCCGGAAGAGAGUGACGUGAAUGUGAUUCGCAUCUUGGCAGUAAAAUCAGAAGAUGAGAACCAUCCCCCAGUUUUAGACGACGUCGGACAGUUACGGGUAGGCGGACGUAUCCACUACGCCCCGGUAGACUACUCAGCAGAACAUCCCAUUCUGCUACCAGAAGAUCAGUUGUUGACUCAACGGAUAGUGUGGGAUCAUCACGUGAAAAAUUUGCAUGUGAAAGCUGAGACGUUAUUAGCAAGUAUACGUUCACGUUACUGGAUACUUUCUGGGUGGAAAGUCAUCAAAUCAGUCGUGAAUAAUUGUGGGCCUUGUAAACGCCGAUCGGCGAAGCCAAUGCCGCCCCUUAUGGCAUCGCUUCCAGUACAUCGACUUACCCCGUAUCGCCCUGCUUUUGCCUUCACGGGGAUCGAUUACUUCGGUCCUCUUACUGUACGUGUUGGUGGAAGAGGUGUAAGGCACAAAAAGCGAUGGAUCAGUCUUUUCACGUGUCUAACCACCAGGGCUGUUCAUCUAGAAACUUCAGAUGGACUCAGUCUGGAAGAAUUCUUGCUGUGCUUCACCCGGUUCGUCAGUGUACGUGAAAAACCGGAGGUAAUUUACAGCGACAACGGAACAAACCUUGUUGCAGCCGAGCAAGAACUUCGCCAGGCUCUGGACGAACUCGUAGAAAGACGCAACGAACUCCGGGCCAUAAUGUCCUGUCAGCAGAUAAAAUGGCAUUGUUCUCCUUCGGAUGGGCCCCAUUUCGGGGGAGUAUGGGAAAGACUGGUUCAAUCGUGCAAACAUGCGAUAAAAAUCAGUAUUGGGACUCGCCUCGUCACUGAUCGUGUCUUAAGAACCGUCGUCACCGAGGUUGCCGCCUUGCUCAAUUCAAGACCACUGACUCAUCUCAGCAUGGAUCCUGACGAUCCUGAUCCACUCACACCGAAUAACUUUCUACACGGUGGGGCACGUCCUUAUACACCGCUAAAGUUAUCAGAUGAAGAAAACGUAGACGUAACCGCAAAGCAAUUUCUGCAAAGCAAGGCCAUCAUUCAACAUUUUUGGUAUCGAUGGCUACGUGAAUACGUUCCUCAUCUGACUGAAAGAAGAAAGUGGGCCGAAAAUCAGCCAAAUGUUACUGUGGGGGAUAUAGUGCUUGUUAUUGAACCAAAUACCUUACGUGGGCAGUGGCCAUUAGGCAAAGUGAUAGAAAUAAUGCCCAGUGCACGCCACGCACGAUAUGCAACGCGUGGUAGACCGGACUCUGCCUUCAGGCUGGCGUAA